AAGCGGCCGUGAGCGGAGCGGGGAGCGGGACAAGGACAAGGACAGGGACAGGGGCAAAGGAAGGGAUCGCUCCCACCUCAGCGCCCGGCUCCAGUCGCUCUGGAUCCGCAGCGUCGCCGCCAUCUUUGCCGAGCGGCAUGGCGCGGGCCGGGCACGGCGGGAGCCGGGCGGCGGCGGCGGCGCGGGGCGAGGCGGAGGAGGAGGAGGGCGAGGACCCGCUGGACGCCCGGAUCGCGCGGAGCGGCUGCCUGCAGCAGCACCGGGAGCUGCAGGAGUGCAUGGCGGAGCGGCGGGACUGGCGGCGCUGCCAGGAACCGCUGCGCGCCUUCGGGGCCUGCAUGGCGCGGCGGCAGCGGCGGCAGCGCGGGCCCGGCCCCGAGCUGGAGCCCCCGGACUGACACCGGCCCCCGGGAGCCUUCCUUCCAUCCCAGCGCCUGGAGAGCCGGGGGAACCGCUGGGAAAUUAAAUCUGGAGUCUGGCA